GCAUGCGCUGCAGCUCUCCACAAUCUAGGGCUGCGUUUCUCUUCAUAAAACGAUGAACAAACUCCUGGGUAGCUGUUAUAUGAAAGCGGCCCCCCUCUGUAGUCUACUCUGAAUGUGAUGGCGACCACUGAGGAGGUCACGGUGUCCAUGGGGGAGGUGGUGAUGGUGAAGGCUGAUGGUGAAGGAGACCCCGAUGACCCAAAUAAGACUCAGGUCAUCCUCCAGCUCCAGCCAGUCACCGCUGGAGAUGAAUCUGCUGAAACAGACGCAGCUGUCAUGGCUGUCGAAGCACAUCCAGAACAAACUGAAGGGGAUGACGUUGAAAUUGGCUGUCCCAUAACAUGCGGCGACAGUAAAGCUGUGUUGCUAGUAAAGAAAUUUGUGUGCCCAGGAAUCAACGUGAAGUGUGUGAAGUACGAAGACCAGCUGAUCAGCCCAAAGCAGUUUGUGCACAUUUCUGGAAAAGCCACUCUGAAAGACUGGAAGAGAGCCAUCAGGAUGGGUGGAGUCAUGCUAAGGAAAAUGAUGGAUUCAGGUCAGCUGGACUUCUACCAGCACAGCACACUGUGCACCAACACGUGUCGCAGCACCAAGUUUGACCUUUUAAUCAAUAACACGCGGUUCCCUCCUGACGGCACUGGGCUCACCACGCCCACGUCCUCUCAAGCUCAGGUGGUCCUUGGCAACGGCGGAGUAGCAGGCGAGGACAGGGCAGAGAUUCUGAGUGGGAAGGUGGACUGGAGCUCAGUCUCGCUGGAGUCUGCGGACAAGAAGGAGUCUAAUGAGAUCUCAGAGGACACGCUGAACUUCUGGAAGGGCAUCGCUGACGUGGGCUUGCUGGGUGAAGUCGUGACCAACAUCAGCACAGAGCUGCUGGAGCUGCUGAACGGCGUGCAGCAGCGCAGGGAGCCAGCUGCUUUACAGGACACAGAUUCCUGUCUGGUAGAGGUGGCAGUGCUCAGUAACCUUGCCCAAGUGUUCGGCCUGCUGGACUCGGUCAAGAGGAUCCUGGAGCGGAGGAAGCAGCAGACGGAUCCCUGCCAGGAGCAAAUCCUCAGCACGCUCACCAACCUGGAGGUGCAGUUGGAAGAACAGAAGAAGCAGCAGCAGGUGCGAGCUCUCCUGUCCUGCCCGCAGCCCGCUAAAAGCAAAACUCCCACCAAGCGCCAGACCAAGCGGCCUCGUCUCCAGCGGCCCGCCUCCACCACCACCCUCCUGACCUCCCCCAUUAACCAGCAGGCCACCCUGCACUCCCAGCAGUUCACCGUUCUUUCGCCCAUCUCUCUGUCCUCCGUGGGUCAGCCGUUCACCAUGGCAGGCCUGCCCAUCGGCACUUUGGCCCAGUCUUCCAACACCGUCACCCUGCUCCCCGCCGGCUCGCAGCUCUUCACCCGCUACAUGGUGGCCGGAGAAAAGGCAGACACCAUCACCCUGCACCCGUCCUCAGGCCUCACGCUUGUGGGCACCACCGCCAUGCAAGACUCCAGCCAGCUAGGCACUGUGGUGAGCCCCUUAGAGCUAGUGCACCUGAGCCAGCAGGCCAGCGGGGCAGAGGUGGUGCCCAUAGAAGGCCAGGUGGUGGACGGCACCAUGCUGGUGCAGCAGGAGGUGAUGCAGGGUGAGGAGGAGGCCGGCCAGGAGCACACGGUCAUCGAGAUCAACCCGGCUCCGAUGGAGCAGGCGGUGGGAGUGAUGGAGCUGCAGCUGACCGGCGAGUCGGGCAGAGACGGGGCCGCCAUGAUGGUCCAGAGCGGGAUGGAGGUGACGAUGGCUGGAGGAGGGGAGGAGACGCAGUGCCAAAUGCAGGAGGCGCAGACUGAAGGGGUUCAGGGGCUGCAGCUGGAUGCCAGCGGACAGUUGUCAAGUGUACAGAUAGUGGUGAUAGGAGAAAAUACUCAGGAUGAAAACAAGGUCAAAUGAAUCACACCUCCUGUUUUAUCCAGCAGAGCAGGUAUGGACUCACGCUGAGCUGCCACAGACUCAUGAAAAUGUAAAUACUCAGAAUUUCCAAAUCCACAAAUUGCCUUGGCCUAAGACCAAGCACUAGGGUAGCCAUUUUUCCUCUUUUGGUGUGUGAGUACAUGCUCCUCAACUCCUUGUUGUUUUUUUAUUGAAACAAAGAGGCAUCACAGCAUAGAAUGUACUGUAUGCUUCUGUUUAGUAUUUAAAUGAGAAUUCUGGUUUAUUACAACUUGGGUUAAAUAUUUAUAAUUUUGGUCAUUCCUAUCUGUAAUAAUAACAUAGUACUCACCAAGUCAGUGAGAAUGUGUCAGUGUUUCUGAAACAGUCAGGGAGGGGGUAGUCAGAUAAAUCAGACCAGUUUUUAACAAAAAACAUCACAUUUGACCUACAGUACUUACCAUAAUCCUAAUACAAUGAUGGAUUAUUACCGACGUUUUGGGUGUGUGUACCUUUGGUUUUGCCUCCAAAUGGAAAGAGGUAGAUCAGAGUUUCCAAAAACCUGCCGGGUCCAUUUGCAGCUGAGCCAUUAAGAAACAUUAUGAUUUGGCAAAAAAAAGAUGAAUAAUGGUUUAUAUAACUUUUCAGCUGUAAUAACCUUGAAGCGAUUUUGAUCUCAAAUGUGUCAUCAGUCAGUCAUCACCUACUUACUGUAUCUGCUUUCUGUCUGUGGGUGCUGUGCUCAGAUUGCUGUUGCUACCAACUAGGUAAUGUUUAAGAGGAAAAACACUGAGCGGUUAAAAGAGCUGGACAGUUUCUUCAUAGAAGGUGGGCGAGAUAUCUAAACAUUCAGCCUACGUGAAGUCCUCAUUUUUUUCACCAUGGUGGUCCCCAAGUCAAAAUAAAAAUGAUCUGUAUUGAGGAAGACCUGGUUUAGCUAAUCUGGCUAAACUGCAGCCUUGUUUAAAACAUGUCUGAUCGUCUGACUGCCUCUGUUUCUUGCCCUCUCUGAGUGUUUGUCGCCGUGUUCCCGGGUCCCAGCAGUGACCUUGGUCAGUACAAUGUCAUCCGAAACAGGAACGAUGGCCAAAACUACAAAAAUACCUGAGUUGUAAUUAGCCGGGAUCAUCUUCAAGCCUCCAAGAACAACCUGAGGACAGGAGAAUGCACUGUAACUCUAAAAUCGACAUGCAGGGCUUUAAUGGUGCUGAAGGUUCGCCACUUCACGUCCUCUUAUACUGACUCGGUAGCAGCAGGCACAGCCCUCUACUGUCGAUCAGACUCAUUACCAGUAACAGUGUUGGUGUCACUUGAGGCUGGGAUUAAUUGCACUGUCUAUUGUGUCUUGGUAUCGCAUCCGAGCUGUAUUGUUUUUGCACUGUGUGUCGUCCUAUUAGGACUACAGGAAGAUGUUUGCAACAAUGCCUGCUGGGUGUGCAGAGUGGUUUUUCUGUGCGUAGUUAAAUGGAAACUCCUCUCACUGGAAAUGCAUCGCUUAUGCACUUACUCUCUCAGUGGUUUCUUACUGCCUGAAUUCAUUUACAAACUCCAUUUAUUUUCUUUAAUGUGAUCAUCUAUUGCUUUAUCUCAGUAUGAUAGGUUGUAUGAGUUGCGCUGUUUGCUUAAGUCGAUAUAUGAAAAACAUGUAUAUGUAUAUAUACAUAUAUAUGUAUAUAUACAUAUGUGUGUGUGUGUAUAUAUAUAUAUAUAUAUAUAUACACACUUAAUGUCAAACUUGGUAUGCCUGUAUUUUACACUUGUAAAGUAGCGUCAUAUUUAUUAGUUUCCAAACUGAAGAGAUGGGCCUCUGUUUAAGGUGCAAACAUGGAUUAAUUUAUGCUUUUGGCUGUACAUGACAUCAACAAAGACAUGUUCAAGACUUGUGCAUUUCCAGUAAUUUAAUUUAACAAAUGAGGGUAUUUGCAUACUGACUUUGUAAUGUGUUUUAAUAUUG